AUGAUCUGUUCAUAUAUCGUGUCUUCUGUUAUUAUUAUUGCCUGCUUAAUCUCUCUUGCUGUAGGCGCAUAUGGCUUCUCCGGCUCGGACAACCAAGCUAAACGGCACCCCUCUAGAGAACUGUUUGACUCUCUGGAGGAACUGUCGCGUAUUGUUGACAUCGCGUACUGUGUUGGAACCACUGGGGUCUGGGAACCGUUUGAAUGUCUCAGUUAUUGUAAAGAGUUUCAACGCUUUGAGCUGGUCACUACAUGGAAUACCGGCCCUUUCCUCUCCGAUUCCUGUGGCUACAUAGCUUUGUCCCAUCACCCAUCCGCAAAGCGCAUCAUCGUGGCGUUCCGCGGUACCUACUCCAUUGCAAACACGAUCAUCGAUCUAUCCGCUUACCCCCAGGCAUACGUGCCAUAUAACCCCGGCGACAAUCACCAGUCUGUAGUACCGCAAUGUUUGAACUGCACCGUCCAUUCUGGAUUCCUGGCCUCGUGGGCCAACACUCGCGCCACCGUUCUCGAGAACGUGUCCGCGGCGAGGCAGCAAUAUCAGGAUUACGACUUGAUCCUGGUAGGCCACUCACUUGGGGGUGCGGUUGCUGCGCUGGCCGGUGUCGAGAUGCAGCUCAGGGGCUGGGAGCCGCAGGUGACCACGUUCGGCGAGCCCAAGGUUGGGAAUAAAGCGUUUGCGCGGUUCCUCGAUCGAGUUUUCGGCCUGGAUGUCGCGAGGCAGGGGAGAAUGCUCGAUGAUCAAGCACUGAAGUUUCGAAAAGUCACCCAUGUCAAUGACCCUGUACCGCUCCUCCCACUCCAGGAAUGGGGCUAUGAAAUGCACGCGGGGGAGAUUUUCAUCUCCAAGGUGGAUCUCCCGCCAGCCAUUGAGGACGUGGAGCUCUGCCAGGGCGAUCAUGACGACCGGUGUAUCGCAGGAGCAGAGCAAACGAUCGAUGCGAUGAUGGACAAGGUGAAUGUCAUAGUUUCACAAACACAACCCCCACCCAAACGAGGAGACUCGUCUCUCCAAGCCAUUUUAGCAGGUAGCGAGAGCCCCCAGGAUAGUACAAUCUCCGACAACAAGGGUCGCGGCAAGUCGGAAACACCGCCCAGUGUGUUCUGGAACCCCAUUCCCUCCAGAUACCGGCUGUGGGAGCUGUUCUUCGCCCACCGCGACUAUUUCUGGCGGCUUGGACUCUGCGUCCCAGGCGGUGAUCCAACGGGCUAA